AUGAAGGUUUCCCUGAGAUUGCAGUUGCUGACUUGCCUGAUGGUGUACGUGUCCAGCGCACAUGGGAUCAUGGUUAAGUACGGCACAAAGGGUGGCCCUAUUGAACCUCCUACACCAGAACCGCUACCCUUACCGCAGCCCUAUCGGAUUCCUGCACCUGUUUGGGAGGAUCGUAGCGAUGACACACCCGAUCCUAAUGCACAGUGGCGGCCCCCAUUCUUCAAACCGCAACCAAGAUACACUCAAGUUAUUAUCAAAUCUCCUACGCUGCAGCCGGCUACUAAUGUUCAGAACUUCGUGAACUCUUACAUUCCUACGCAACCCAUCAAAACACAACCUGUACAAAGUUACUUCGCUCCAUCUCAGAUACUGAGCUCUCAAAGUUUACCUGGUAUUGGUAUAAGAUAUUUCGUACCAGCUUUUAUCAAUGAUCUACAAGAAUCCAAACAACAGAAGAAACAAGAUGAUGCGAAACACAAUGACAUUGAAACGAAUGAAAUAGUUGAUUCCAGCAGAGAUGCUUCAAGUGAUUUACAGUGGAAGUUUGAAAAGGAUGCUGCUAAAAGAAUUCAAAGAACAACACUUGAAGGUACAGGAACAUCGUUUUACCAAUGGCCAGCGUACGUCCAUCCGAGACAUUAG